UAGUGACAGCCCAAUGUUUCUGUUUUGUUGACGAUACGGACGUGAUUGAAGCAGGUGACACGGUCCAUCACUCUGGGGAGGACAUUUGCGCCUCAGUCCAGGCUGCUGCCACCUUGUGGUCGGGGGGUAUUCGGGCAACAGGUGGUGCAAUCAAUCCGGAGAAGUCCUUCUGGUGGCAUAUUGACUUUGAAUGGGAUGCUCGCAAUGGUCAGUGGAGAUUCCGUAGGAAAUGCUCCGCGGCACCGGACUUCAACCUUAAGAUACCGGGGUUAUACGGUGACAUUGAACCCCUUCGUCGCCUUGAACCAGAUGAUUCCAAACGUACUCUGGGGGUGAUGUUGUUGCCACUGGAAAAUCACAAAGCACAGGAGGCACAGUUGGUCUCUAAAGCUAAAGAGUGGGCCUCACCUGCUACACAAGACAUUAUGUCACCGGUUCUCCAGGUGUGCUUACCUAAGUCAGGUGUUUGCCGCAACUUUCCCCGUUCGGUGGUCUUUGCCCCGGUGGAUUAUCAAGACCUUGGUGUUCCUCAUCCUUUUGGCAAGCAAGUUUACAAACACUUGGAGAUGAUCCUGCGCCAUAUGUCGGGGGGUACAAAGACUGGAGCAUACAUGGACGCCAAUCUCCAGGCUCACCGACUGGAAACCGGUACCUCCUUCGGUCUUCUACAGCAAGAUUACCAGAAUGCAUCUGGCUUAAACGGGUAUGGAAGGAACUUGAAUCUCUGGAUAUCCACAGUAUCAGAUAUCACUACGGCUGAUGGCCGCUAUAUCCGGCAAUGCAUCUGGAACGGUUUCCGCGACGACACUUAUCGGACUCCAUAUAACUGGCCUCGAACGGUACGACCCGGGCGUCCAUAUUGGGAACUUUGGCAGAGAACACUGUCCCGCGCGCUCUUGCCUUCAAACGGUCAGCACCACCCUCUGCGCCAACCCCUGGGACAUUGGCACGACAACUUUGAGUCUUGGAACUGGCUCUGGUCGCCGAUUGUUGGUUUGUUUCAUCGGGAGGGGGCUGCAUGGACCCAUUUCGCCCUUGUAGGUUCCUCUACAACUUCUCGGCGCUAUGCUCCAUCUGGCAGUCACAGUGUGCCCCUCUCCGGUCGCGACUGGGUGCUCCUCACUGGUACAGGUCUCCCAACCUUGCCUCCCUCCGCAUUUACCCCCUCCAUCCUCAACGCCUGGCAAGCCUCCACCAACCUCUGCACAGAUUACUAUGGGUGGGUCCCUGAUGAGAUUGAGGUACAUGGUGAUGAGGCUGCCUUGGCCCAUGCCCUGAUCCAGGGCCGCCUCAGAAUCAUCAGCGAUGGGUCAUACAAAAAUGACCUGGGAACUGCUGCUGUCCAGCUCCUUCCCAAAGGGGACUCUGCUCGCAUUGUCAUCCGUUGUCAAACUCCAGGCCUACCUCAGGAUCAGAGUGCCUAUUGUAGCGAGUUGAUUGGCCUUCUGGCCGGGAUUAUGGCGGUCGACUGGCUCCUCCAACAAUGGUUCCCAGACCUUAGCCAGCGCCCGGCCAUCUCUCGGUCUCCGGUGUCUUGGUCUCCACGGCAUGUCUACGGACAUUUGGACAAGUCAAACUUAUUUGAUGAACUCACUUGGUGGGAAAAGAAAAACCUGGAGGUGGAUGGCAUGGCAGUGGAUUUCCGCAAGGAACUAGAGGCGGCCCACCAACUUAUCCCCCCCAACCCUCGGUUCUUCACGGAACUGGCAGCUCUUUUUGUGGCUGACACAAAGCAGUCUCGGCUGAGUGACCACUUCAUUCAGGAGUGCGUGACACUCCCCCGCCUGCGGCAACAAUGGAGGAACCGUAAUGUGAUCUCUGAGGAGUCUGAAAACCUGAUUGACUGGGAGACACUGGGCCGCGCUAUGCGGUCGCUACCUGCCGGACUCCAGCGCUGGAUUACAAAACAUUGGGUGGGCAUGUGCGGCACGGGGAAGUUCAAAGUGUAUUGGGGCCUCGAAUUGUCCGCUGCGUGCCCUCCGUGCGGCGAGUUUGAAGAUCACUUGCAUGUUCCCCGUUGCCCAGCAGCCUCGGCUAGGGACGAAUGGGAUUGGAGGGUGACCGUUCUCUCGCUCUGGAUGGAUAUACAUCUUACCUCCCCCGCCAUCAAGCACGCGAUACUCCUUCUGCUUCAGGGUGUUCACGAUUCAUCAUGUCCCCCUUGUUUGAUCUCUCGGACCAUCCGCCCGGCCUUUCUGGCACAGGAAGCUAUUGGGUGUCAGGGACUUUUGGAAGGCAGACUAGCCUCCUUGUGGCUGUCUCUGCAACAAAAUUAUUUUGACGAGACUCACAGUUGUCGGUCGGUUUCUCUGUGGGCCUCCCGUCUCUCCCAGCAACUCAUCUCCAUUAGGUUCUAUAUGUGGGAACAACGGAACGCCGUUCAACAUUCGGACGACAAUGUUCAGCUCCGUGAACGUCACUGUGUUGUCAAUGAGGGGAUUCACUCUCAGUUUGAUAUGGGUUCAGCUGAUUUACCUCCGGAUAUUAGACGCAUGCUGACAUGCCGUCACGGCGUCCUCCGUAAGUCAUUGGUGGACAAGGAAGAAUGGCUGAAGCUACUUCGACAGGAGGGCAAGGACUAUUGUUGCUCUCUGCGGGCUCAACGCUGUAACCUACGGACUAUCUUCUCUGCUCCCCCCUCCUGA